UUAAACCCAUCAGUAAUUAAAUGAAUGAAUCUGACAGUUUUCUUUUGGUAAUUUUAAAAAUACAUGAAGUUAUACUUAUUUUCCAAAAUGAAUUAUAUUAAUUGUAAUACAAUUUUUAAUAGCAUGAAAUAUCACUUGUAAAUUAUUUAUUUUUAUGAAUAUUAAUUACUUGUUGAAAUAUCAGUAAUUAUAUAAAUUAAUUAUGGAAUUAAAUUUGUUUUUUGUUCUUAUUUCAAUAAAUAUUAGCUAUAUAGUAGCUGACUGUAGUUGCCGUAAUGAUAGAGACAAAACAACUGUAGAUAUGGAAUUGUGUAGUAUAGAUGAAAAAAUCACCAAUAUUUCUAUGAAAUCGAUGGCAUACAUUACAGGUGGUAAUUUUACCAUAGGAACUUCAGAUCCAAUUAUUUUAGCUGAUGGAGAAUCUCCCACACGUACAAUUUAUCUUGAUGAUUACCUUAUUGAUAAAUUUGAAGUUAGUAAUUUAGAUUUUAAACUUUUUAUUGAUUCUACUGGUUAUAAAACUGAAGCAGAAAAAUUUGGUGAUUCAUUCGUAUUUCGACUGUUUGUAAGUGAAAAUGUUUUAAAGAAUGUUGCUCAAUCUGUGAAAGAUGCUCCAUGGUGGGUUCCAAUUAAAGGUGCUAAUUGGUUACAUCCCGAAGGAUUGGAUUCUGAUAUUAAUGAAAGAAAACAGCACCCUGUGGUCCAUGUUAGCUGGAAUGAUGCUGUAGCAUUUUGUAAAUGGAGAGGUAAAAGAUUACCAACAGAAGCAGAAUGGGAAGUAGCUUGUAGGGGUAAUCUUAAAAAUAGAUUGUUCCCAUGGGGAAAUAAAUUACUUCCCAAAAACAAACACAGAGCAAACAUAUGGCAAGGAGAUUUCCCUAUUAAGAAUACUGUUGAAGAUGGGUGGGCUACUACAGCACCAGUGAAUGAAUUCAUACCAAAUGGCUAUGGCUUAUAUAACAUGAUUGGGAAUGUAUGGGAAUGGACUUCUGACUUUUGGAAUACUCACCAUAUUCAAAAGUUUACUAAAAAUCCAAAAGGUCCUCAUAAUGGAAAAGAAAAAAUAAAGAAAGGAGGCUCAUACUUAUGCCACAAAGACCACUGCUAUCGAUACAGAUGUGCUGCACGAAGUCAAAAUACUGCAGAUAGUUCAGCAUCAAAUUUAGGAUUUAGAUGUGCUCAAAAUGUUUGAUAAAAAAUAUUUUCAUAUUAAAAUUUUACAUUGUGAUAUUAAAUAUAUAUGUACAUAUAA